AUGGCUGCCCAACAAAAUCAGUUCUCCCCGGCCGAACUUGCCUAUCUCCACAGCUCCCUCUCUCUGCGACCGCCCAUUCGGCCAGAUGGCCGCACCCCGACACAGUUCCGGCCUCUGACGGCCGAGACCGGGAUCCUGCCCGGCACCAACGGCAGCGCGCGAGUCUGCUUCUCCGACGGGACCGAGGCCAUUGUGGGCGUCAAGGCGGAGAUUGAGAAGACGGCGCUGCCGCUGGGAGGAGACGAGGGCGAUGACGCGCAGCGCGCGAGCGGUGGCGCAGACGACGACAAGGUGCAGGCGAGGGACGACUGGCUGGAAAUGACGAUUGAGAUACCCGGACAGCGAGACGACGAGCCGACGACGGUCUUCUUGGCUGAGAUGCUGCGCGAGGCCCUCCUUGCCGACGGCGAGUUUGCAAAAAAGCUCUGGAUCAACAGGCGCUUUCACUGGAGGAUGUAUCUCGACAUAAUCCUGAUUUCUCCGCCCCUGUCCUAUCCUCUGCCCCUGCUAUCCCUGACGACGCACCUGGCGCUGCUGGCGACGCGGAUACCGAGAUUAAAGUCGGAGGGCGACGAAGACCCCAUGUUCGACGACGACUGGGAGGCGUCACGGUUUCUGUACCCGCGCCAAGGCGCGGCGGCGGGAUCGCGACCGCCCGUCACGCUGCUGGUCAUCUCGGUCGGGGACAGCAUCAUCUUUGACCCGGCCAAGGAGGAGCUCGCCGUGGCCGACACGGCGCUGGCCGUGUCGGUGUCGGAGCUGCGGCUGCUGUCGCUGCGUACCGUCGAUCCGCCGUCGAGGCUGACGCCGCCGGGGGUGCCCGACUCGGCCAAUGUCGCGACAAAUGGCGCGGCCCAGGCUCAGGCGCACAGCGCAGAGGGCCAGCCGGAGGAAGGGGUGUGGAAGGCGCCGCUCGGGGGCACCAAAUUUGGCGUGCUCAACGGCAUCAUACAGGCAGUGCUGGACAAGGGGGGCGUGACGCAUGAAGUUCUAGAUGGCCUCGAGGCCAUCGACCUUGCGUAG